AUGUCUAGUCCCAAUCUGAACCUGGUCAUUUUAGUGGGCAGCGCACUCAGUUACAUCAGUGCCUUCCUAUUUGUGGUCCAAGAUCCUGCUGUUUCCAUGGAAACUAUCAUCCAGGUGAGUACAACCGUAUUGCAUCAGAGCAGUGUACGUGGAGGCUACACAAUUCACUCUGCUAUAAUGUAUCUCUAUAGCUUUCACCCUGGCUAUACCCAGAAACAAUGGGAAUUGGGGCACACUCGGAACAUUUCCAAGUAGUGGGGCUGCCGUAACAAUCAAAAUAUAUACAAAAUACAACUACAGGAACAGCGCACAAAAACAGAAAUACUGCUCUACCUUUCACACGGCUUCCUGUAAUCACCUAUCCUACACCCACCCUCCUUCCCACUAUUCUACAUGGAUCCUCCUACUCUUUGUAGAUCAUUUAGGGAGUUAUUUCGCUCUGGUUAUAACAAUUAUAUUUACAUGUUGGUUUUCCAGUUAAUGAUGAACAUGGAGCAAGGUGUCUGCUCCGUGACGUGUUGGUGGGCAGAUCUGACUUUCACGCCAAACAUUGUCUAAAUCUCAGAUAUCUCUGUGUUCCAGGUGAGAGUCAGCCUCCUGUAUGUGGGGCUCACUCUAAUCUUCGGGCCACUGUUGGGGAAGAGUUGGAGACUCCACAGAGUGUUUUCACACCGCGUCCCGGAUAAGAGAGUGGUGAGUGAGAGUCCAUUCACAAACAGUAUUUUGGCAUAAUUUAUUAGGAAGCGCAUUCAUGGGGUUUUAAAAAAUAUAUUAAAUAUCCCAUCAUUACAGAGAAACUGUCAGUUAUAAUAAUAUAUUGGAAAUGACCUAUAACUUGUGUUAAUAAUGUUUUAAUACUUUAUUUUGAGAGCGCAGAAUUAGUUACAGAUAAUAAUUGGUAUUAGCAUCCAGCGAUUCAGACCAUGUGAAAUGAUAAUAAUAUAUUCAGAGGGCAGAGUAUUACAAGACGAGGAAUCAGACAAUGAAAUCGCAGAUUUCCUUCUUGUACCAUAGUCUGAUUCUUUUCUUGUUCACCAUGCCGUCCACACCGCUUUAUCCUGUAACUGGGCGCCUACAUCUUAGCUCCCCGUCGGCCAUUGUUAUACGCUCUGUACUGUAACUGGGUGUCUCCAUCUUAGCUCCCCGUCGGCCAUUGUUAUACGCUCUGUACUGUAACUGGGCGCCUCCAUCUUAGCUCCCCGUCGGCCAUUGUUAUACGCUCUGUCCUGUAACUGGGCGUCUCCGUCUUAGCUCCCCGUCGGCCAUUGUUAUACGCUCUGUCCUGUAACUGGGCGCCUCCGUCUUAGCUCCCCGUCGGCCAUUGUUAUACGCUCUGUCCUGUAACUGGGCGUCUCCAUCUCCCUGUCAGCCAUUGUUAUACGCUCUGUCCUGUAACUGGGCGCCUCCGUCUUAGCUCCCCGUCAGCCAUUGUUAUACGCUCUGUCCUGUAACUGGACGCCUCCAUCUCAGCUCCCCGUCAGCCAUUGUUAUACGCUCUGUCCUGUAACUGGGCGUCUCCAUCUUAGCUCCCUGUCAGCCAUUGUUAUACGCUCUGUCCUGUAACUGGGCGUCUCCAUCUUAGCUCUCUGUCAGCCAUUGUUACACGCUCUGUCCUGUAACUGGGCGUCUCCAUCUUAGCUCCCCAUCAGCCAUUGUUAUACGCUCUGUCCUGUAACUGGGCGUCUCCAUCUUAGCUCCCUGUCAGCCAUUGUUAUACGCUCUGUCCUGUAACUGGGCGUUUCCAUCUUAGCUCGCUGUCAGCCAUUGUUAUACGCUCUGUCCUGUAACUGGGCGUAUCCAUCUUAGCUCCCUGUCAGCCAUUGUUAUACGCUCUGUCCUGUAACUGGGCGUUUCCAUCUUAGCUCCCCGUCAGCCAUUGUUAUACACUCUGUCCUGUAACUGGGUGUCUCCAUCUUAGCUCCCCGUCAGCCAUUGUUAUACGCUUUGUCCUGUAACUGGGCAUCUCCAUCUUAGCUCCCUGUCAGCCAUUGUUAUACGCUCUGUCCUGUAACUGGGCAUCUCCAUCUUAGCUCCCCGUCAGCCAUUGUUAUACGCUCUGUCCUGUAACUGGGCGUCUCCAUCUUAGCUCCCCGUCAGCCAUUGUUAUACGCUCUGUCCUGUAACUGGGCGUCUCCAUCUUAGCUCCCCGUCAGCCAUUGAUAUACGCUCUGUCCUGUAACUGCGCGUCUCCAUCUUAGCUCCCCGUCAGCCAUUGUUAUACGCUCUGUCCUGUAACUGGGCGUCUCCAUCUUAGCUCCCCGUCAGCCAUUGUUAUACGCUCUGUCCUGUAACUGGGCGUCUCCAUCUUAGCUCCCUGUCAGCCAUUGAUAUACGCUCUGUCCUGUAACUGCGUGAGUGAGUCUCAGAAUUAUUUAUAAAGAAUGAUUAACACGAGCAAUCAGCAUGAACAUGUCAUCAGUUUCCUUGGCAACCGCUCCACUUACAGAACUUUGCUCCAAAAUUAGUCUUUUUACAUAAUCUGUGUCUAGUCCCUCUGAUUGAAACCCCCAUUAUUUAACUACAAACUGCUUCCUGCACUUCAAACAUCGCUACACUGUAUUCACUAACAGGGAGCAUUACUCACUACACUGUAUUCACUAACAGGGAGCAUUACACACUACACUGUAUUCACUAACAGGGAGCAUUACUCACUACACUGUAUUCACUAACAGGGAGCAUUACUCACUACACUGUACAAUACUGGGAUCAGUACUCGCUACACUGUACAAUACAGGGAUCAGUACUCACUAUAUCAUACAAUACAGGGAACAGUACUCACUAUAUCAUACAAUACAGGGAUCAGUACUCACUAUAUCAUACAAUAAUACAAUAGAGGGAUCAGUACUCACUAUAUCAUACAAUACUGGGAUCAUUACUCAGUAUAUCAUACAAUACUGGGAUCAGUACUCACUAUAUCAUACAAUACAGGGAUCAGUACUCACUAUAUCAUACAAUACAGGGAUCAGUACUCACUAUAUCAUACAAUACUGGGAUCAGUACUCACUAUAUCAUACAAUACUGGGAUCAGUACUCACUAUAUCAUACAAUACUGGGAUCAGUACUCACUAUACAUACAAUACUGGGAUCAGUACUCACUAUAUCAUACAAUACAGGGAUCAUUACUCACUAUACAUACAAUACUGGGAUCAGUACUCACUAUACUAUACAAUACCAGGGAUCAUUACUACUAUACAAUAUAUCACUGUACCAGGAUCAUUACUCACUAUACUAUACAAUACUGGGAUCAGUACUCACUAUACUAUACAAUGCAGGGAUCAUUACUCACUAUACUAUACAAUACCAGGAUCAUUACUCACUAUACUAUACAAUACAGGGAUCAUUACUCACUAUACUAUACAAUGCAGGGAUCAGUACUCACUAUACUAUACAAUACCAGGAUCAUUACUCACUAUAAUAUACAAUGCAGGGAUCAUUACUCACUAUACUAUACAAUACCAGGAUCAUUACUCACUAUACUAUACAAUACCAGGAUCAUUACUCACUAUAUUAUACAAUGCAGGGAUCAUUACUCACUAUACUAUACAAUGCAGGGAUCAUUACUCACUAUACUAUACAAUAUCAUGAUCAUUACUCACUAUAUCAUACAAUACAGGUAUCAGUACUCACUAUAUCAUACAAUACUGGGAUCAGUACUCACUAUACUAUACAAUACCAGGAUCAUUACUCACUAUACUAUACAAUAUAGGUAUCAGUACUCACUAUACUAUACUAUACAAUACCAGGAUCAUUACUCGCUAUACUAUACAAUACACGGAUCAUUACUCACUAUACUAUACAAUGCAGGGAUCAGUACUCACUAUACUAUAUAAUACAGAGUUCAGUACUCACUAUACUAUUCAAUACUGGGAUCAUUACUUACUAUGCUAUACAAUACUGGGAUCAUUUCUCACUAUACUAUACAAUACUGGGAUCAGUACUCACUAUACUAUACAAUGCAGGGCUCAGUACUCGCUAUGCUAUACAAUACUAGGAUAAUUACUCACUAUACUAUACAAUACAGGGAUCAUUGCUCACUAUGUUAUACAAUACCAUGAUCAUUACUCACUAUACUAUACAAUACAGGUAUCAUUACUCACUAUACUAUACAAUACAGGUAUCAUUACUCACUAUACUAUACAAUACAGGGAUCAUUACUCACUAUACUAUACCAUACAGGUAUCGGUACUCACUAUUCUAUAUAAUACAUAGUUCAGUACUCACUAUACUAUACAAUGCAGGGAUCAGUACUCACUAUACUAUACAAUACCAGGAUCAUUACUCACUAUACUAUACAAUGCAGGGAUCAGUACUCACUAUACUAUACAAUACCAGGAUCAUUACUCACUAUACUAUACAAUGCAGGGAUCAUUACUCACUAUACUAUACAAUACCAGGAUCAUUACUCACUAUACUAUACAAUGCAGGGAUCAUUACUCACUAUGUUAUACAAUGCAGGGAUCAUUACUCACUAUACUAUACAAUGCAGGGAUCAUUACUCACUAUACUAUACAAUGCAGGGAUCAGUACUCACUAUACUAUACAAUACCAGGAUCAUUACUCACUAUACUAUACAAUGCAGGGAUCAUUACUCACUAUGUUAUACAAUGCAGGGAUCAUUACUCACUAUACUAUACAAUGCAGGGAUCAUUACUCACUAUACUAUACAAUGCAGGGAUCAGUACUCACUAUACUAUACAAUACCAGGAUCAUUACUCACUAUACUAUACAAUGCAGGGAUCAUUACUCACUAUGUUAUACAAUGCAGGGAUCAUUACUCACUAUACUAUACAAUGCAGGGAUCAUUACUCACUAUACUAUACAAUGCAGGGAUCAGUACUCACUAUACUAUACAAUACCAGGAUCAUUACUCACUAUACUAUACAAUGCAGGGAUCAUUACUCACUAUACUAUACAAUACCAGGAUCAUUACUCACUAUACUAUACAAUGCAGGGAUCAGUACUCACUAUACUAUACAAUACCAGGAUCAUUACUCACUAUACUAUACAAUACCAGGAUCAGUACUCACUAUACUAUACCAUACAGGUAUCAGUACUCACUAUACUAUAUAAUACAGAGUUCAGUACUCACUAUACUAUACAAUGCAGGGAUCAGUACUCACUAUACUAUACAAUACCAGGAUCAUUACUCACUAUACUAUACAAUACCAGGAUCAUUACUCACUAUACUAUACAAUUCAGGGAUCAUUACUCACUAUACUAUACAAUGCAGGGAUCAUUACUCACUAUACUAUACAAUGCAGGGAUCAUUACUCACUAUACUAUACAAUGCAGGGAUCAGUACUCACUAUACUAUACAAUACCAGGAUCAUUACUCACUAUACUAUACAAUACCAGGAUCAUUACUCACUAUACUAUACAAUGCAGGGAUCAUUACUCACUAUACUAUACAAUGCAGGGAUCAGUACUCACUAUACUAUACAAUACCAGGAUCAUUACUCACUAUACUAUACAAUGCAGGGAUCAUUACUCACUAUGUUAUACAAUGCAGGGAUCAUUACUCACUAUACUAUACAAUUCUUGGAUCAGUACACCAUGAAGCAAUAUUAGUAAUUUAUUUACUGUUACCAAUAUCUGCUUUAAAGCUCACACUGUUUCUGUGCCCAGUCUGCAGAUCGAGGGACAUCCUGUGCCGUCACCAGGAUAAACAUCUGCGCCUCGGUCUACGCUGAUCUCUGGAUUGGCAUUCUUGGGGGUUUUAAGGUAAAAGAAAAAAAACAUAAAAAUGCAAACACGAACUUCAUUAAUAUAAUAUUGUAAAGUGCUACGGAAUCUGUUGGCGCUAUAUAAAUGGCAAUAAUAAUAAUAAUAAUAAUAAUAUCUGUAUUGCAAAGAGAACUACGGAGCUAUGUUAUGGUUUCUAUUUAUGCUGUGUUUAUAUGGGUGAUGCCACUGGUGGAUGGAUUUCUUUAUGUGUGGGAUACUGAUAAUAACCUUGUACGUGUGGUGAUGCAUGAAACGCGUUGGGUUUUGGAUCUUGUGUGUAUACCUUUGACACACUGUUUGGCAUCUUGUUGGAUUGAAUUAAGAAUGUUGUACUUUUGUAGUACAUGGGAGCACAAACAGUAACCACACAGCGUCUGAUGUCCGGGGCGGCUUUACUAAGUCAUUGAGCUUUCUGUUCAUGGUGAAAAUCAUCAGAUCAGAGAAUCAUUUAAAUUGAGUAAAAGUUAAAAUAAAGCUUAGUUCGAAAAUGUAAACUUUCUAGUCAUAGAAUGUGAAUGAUUCAUAUUUGAGUACAAGCACACUCUUACAAGGUUAUAUACUAAAGGCGAAAUGGCCCCGUAACAAAUGGGUCAAAACCACUUGGUGCCGUGCAGGGCCAUGGACCAAUACAUUCUUCAAACUAUUUAAAGCGGAAUCCGUUUCUUUUGUUAAGCCUCCUCCCGACUCUUCUACAUUUCAUGCUCCCUCUAGUCACCCUUACAUGCCUUUAAGUCCCCCAUUUCACCUACUUUCACCUCUUUAUUUCUUCUCUGAAUCUAUGUCCUAGGCGCCACUAUCUUUGUGUAUCCUGGAUGACGUGUCUCGCGUGGGCUUCUUCUGCCCACACUAGUUUGUGCUGUGAAAUUUGCAUGCAUGCCCAGUUGUACAAUUGGGUAUUUGUUAUUGGUCGAUUUUCACACCCAAUUUUGGUUAUUCGUCUAUUUGUCAAAAAGACAAAUAUAAAUUACAAAGAAGGAAUGAAAACUGAAUUACAAUUCAGUCUUCCUUCGUUUGUUUAGUUUAUUACAAGCAGGCAGCUACUGGCUCCCUCCUUGUAAUAUGUAUAAAUGUAAGUUCCUAAAACCUCUCCAUGCCCACUCCCACACUUUAUCGGGGUCAAUAUGACCCCCAUAUUAGCAUAAGGGAGGUUAAAGUCUCCCUUAUACCCCUACUCGCUGUGCUGACAGUUGCUGCUCAUUGUUGUAAAAAUGACCCCCCCAAUCCAAUAAAGAGGUCCAUGCAAAAAGGUCCCGAUGCCCCCAUGGUGGAGCAACCAUUAAGAUAAUAAACGGAGAGGGAAAUUGUGUCCUCCUCCAGCCCCCACCUGCUUCACACGAAUGGGGGCUAUUAAGAUAAGCACCAAUUUUAAAGGGACACUAUAAGCACGUUCGAGACCACAUUCUUAAAGGAGAAAUGGGAGCCUAACCUUGCGGUCGGCUCCCAUUGGCCCAGAUCAUUCCGGCGCCCCCAUUCACGCACGUUUUGGGGCACAGGCAUGACGUGGACCAAUCAAAUUAAAAAUAAAAGGUAUUUAAACUUACCUGGCCCUAGAUUCUGUGCCCUAUUGUGAUUUCUGUUCCCAGUACCCUUUAGAGCAUUCCUUGUGAUUAGUAUUGUAUUCUGGUAUUGACCUUGGCUUUGUUUCCUGACUCUGAGUUUCUUUUCAACCCUUAUAUAAAACCAAAAAUUAUGCGAAACUGCAAAAAAUACCUGUGUGGCUAAAAAAGGGGGGGAAAUAGGUUUAAAUUACCCCUUAAAAGUAAGUGCGAAGAUUCCUCAGGGUCUUCUUAAUUGUAGGCAAAAUAUAAAAAUGCAAAACCUAAAAUAUAUAGAACACAGAAAGACCACAAUAGUGCAGGUAAAAAGUAAAAAUAAACUAUCUAAAAAUACUAAGAUACACUCACAAACGUAGGAUAAAAUGAGCGGAAUAAAUGAAUCUUGUUCAAAUUCCUUUGUUCUUCUUUGUUCCACUAAGAAACUUUAAGACAAAACAGAAGAGCAAACCAUAGUGUGUAACUGUAUGUUAAAAAAGAAUUGCUUUAUUGGUUCCGCUUACAAGAUAAAAGAAGCAAAAAAGCCCAUCAGAUCGUAAGGCGUCUUCAAAGUCCAGAAGAAAGUACAUGUACAAUCAAGACUGAAGGCAAAACGAUAAUGGAGUCGGCAAUCAGACAGUGAGUAAAGAAAUUCUGCCACCCUACGCAAAUAACAUUAUACAUAACAUGUAUAAUAAUAAUAAUAAUAAUAACAAUAUCAUGUUAUUUGCCAUUUGCCCCUGACGAAGUCAAAUAGACGAAACGUGUAGGGUGGCAGAAUUUCUUUACUCACUGUCUGAUUGCCGACUCCAUUUUUGGAUUCCCUUUUUGCCCAGCGGUGUUUGGUCGUCGAGUGCCUGGAACUAAAAUCGGCUACUUAACGGCACGAACACCGCUGGACUAUCAGGCCGUUCGGAAGCGCCGGUCUUUCGGUACUUUUUCUCCACUUGUGUAUUCGUGACUUUUAUGAGGAAUGUAUAUUGAAGUGUAUUUCGUGCGGUGUUCGGCUGAUUGUGCUGGGAUCUGAGUGGUACUUUCAUGAAGUAUGCGCUCAGACCCCAGCUAUCUGCCAAACGGUCAUUCGGUACAAUGGCACGAAUAAUAUGUAAGUUACGGAUUUUUAUGUGAAAAGUCGUUUCUGCUGUACGGAGGGAUAAUCUACUUAACAGGAUAUUCUUGUGGGAGUAUCCCUCUCGUACAGCAGUGCAUGCUGGGAGAAAUGUUCUGUAUGUUAAGUCCCCCAUGAAGUCCCCUACUGUACAACCCCUAAAGUAAAGUCAGUAAGGAAAACCCCUUGCAUGGGGAACCACAUAAAUACUGGAGCUUGUGAAUAAAAUCGUCUCCGCUACAGUCAGUUAGGCGACCAACCUCCCUAACCACCCAGAAGUCCCUCUAGUGGCUGUUUGGUAGACAGCCACUAGAGGUGGAGUUAACCUUGCAAGGUAAGUAUUUUAGUCAAUCAAUAACUGCAGUUAUUACAAUUGCAGGGAUAAGGGCACUGUGACACUACACCCAGACUACUUCAAUAAGCUGAAGUGGUUGGGGUGCCUAUAGUGUCCCUUUAAAUUGGUGCUUGGUAAAGAUUCCAGAUCCUAUACUUAGUUUAGAGUUUGAAUGACAUGAAUUGAUUUUAGUCAAUGUGAUAUGUCACAAUUUGGCCAGAAUUCAGCCAUUUUCAUUAAACGUUGUCUAUUCGGACAGUAUCUGGUGUUUGCGUAUGGCUCUGUUUGUGUGUAAUUGAAUGGUUUCGACUCAGGACCGGUUUGCUCUUCGAACGCAGUAAAGAAAUUGAAGCCUGCUAUUGAUGCAUAUAAGGAUUUCCUGAGGAACAAAGAAGUAAAACUCGCCUGAUUUUCAUAUUGUGGGCAAACUAGAUGGGCUGAUGGUCUUUAUCUGCAUUCACACUCUACGUUUGUUCAAAAUGGUUUCACAUUUAUUUCAUAGUCUGUUUUUAAUCUUCCCUAUUUCAGGGAGCCCUUGUUAUUUAUGGCAGUUACCUGGCUGGCCUGACAAACAAUAUCAGCAGUCCACCCGUCAAUCAGUCACUGGCCAUCAUGGUUGGCACUGCCCUUGUGGUGCUGGGUACAGGGAUUGUCUUCCUGAUCAGUCAUUACUUUCAUACAUGGCCGAACCUGGUCUAUGGCGUUACAUCUGGAAGCAUCCUCAUCUGUACCACCACCAUCACCUGCUUGAUCUUCAUCCCACAGGUAAGGGAACUGGAAGAAACAAUGUCUUAUAGUCUGCAAGCUGUUAGUUGAUCGCUUUAAGGGAUACAUCAUGUGGACUAUUAUGUAAUUUAAAUAGAGCUGAGGUCAUUUAGAAUGUGCCACUAAAAAAAGUACAUUUCAGAUAUAAACCAAUCCCGCUAUUAACUAAUAGUGAUCAGAUUUAGAGAUCACGCUGAAUGUUCCAUUAAUACAACACACCCUGCAUUCUCUCACAUUAUUUGCAGCAUGAGAGGAGGUUAUAAAAUAAUGCAAGCCAUCCUCUGGACCCCAGAGCCUCAUACUGCAACUCCAUUGCACUCCUAUUUCUCCACCCAUUGUCUGGCAAAUGAAUAUUUAGCAGUUAUAUACAUACAAUAUAAGGUGGAGUAUCCCUCUUAUUAUGGUUUAAGAUAGUUCUUAGACAGGUAUCGUCCUAAAAAUGAAAUAUAGAAAGAUGAACAAUAUUGCCAAUCUUAUAAAGUAAAGUCCAGAUAGAAGGUGGAAAUGCACUCACAAGCGUGGAGCCAAUGAAUAAGGCUCAAACUUCCAGCUCUGUGGAAUAUAGAGGUUCGCACUUCCUUCUUUAUGCUGAUAGGAGGUCUCAAGUAAUUGUAUUUCCUCUCAAUAGUCGGUAUAAGUAUAAAGUGCUUUAUUGUAAAGUGCACAAACCAGUAUAAAAUUUGAAUAAAUAAAAUAAAAACCUUACAAUUUGAAGGUAAGUCCUUAGUAAAGUCCUUUAUGGUGCAAAACGCGUUUCGCCUCGUUACAAGGCUUCCUCAGUUGCUGCUGUAUUAUGUUGCCCGUGAGUUUCCUUUUAAAUAGUCCAUAAUUGGCGGUUUCUUCAUCAGUGGAACGCAUACGUCAAUUCUUUUGUAUUGGGACCAGGGCCGGAUUAAGAGCCCAGUGGGCCUGGUGCUGACAAUUAUGAUGGGGCCUAAUUACAGAAUCUUAUCGACAAAAAACACUAAAACGGUCAUACCUCCCAAGCGUCAUGUAUCUGAUGGAGUUGGUGUUGGAGGGAAACUCAAAGGAUGCAGCUAUAAGAAAACACACACUCUGUGCUAAUCUCUUUAUCUAAUUUAUGCUUUCAUCUUUCAAGUAAAUCCAUAACCCCUAACAGCAGUGUCCAGUGAAGCAGGAAGCCAAUGGGCGGGGUAAAAGAGUAGGCCACUGAUGCGAAUCACAUGUCCAGAACUGCCAGAAGGGGCAAACAUGUCCAAAAAGAGGGUAUGUCUGUCCAAAGAAUUGGAAGGCCAGCCUGGCAUCAGUGUCCCUAUGCAUCACAGUGUCAGUGUCCCCAUGUCGCCCUGUCCCCUAGUUUCCCAGUGUCUGUGUCCCCAUUUCUGCCUGUGUCCCCAUGUCUCAGUGUGUCCCGUGUCACUAGGAUACAUGUGGACACAGAGACACGGGGACACUUGGAGACAUGGGGGCACUGAGACACUUGAGGACACUGGGAGACAUGGGGGCACUUGUGGAUACAGACAUGGGGACACAGACAUGGAGACACAGACAUUUGGGGACACUGGGAGAAAUGGGGUCACAGACACUAGGGACACAGAGACAUGGCGACGCAGACACUGGGAGACAUGGGGACACAGACACUGGAAGACAUGGGGACACUGAGACACUAGCUGGGAGACAUAGAGACACUGGGAAACAUGGGGACACAGACACUGGCUGAGAGACAUGUGGACACUGGGAGACAUAGGGACACAGACAUAUGGGGACAAUGGGAGCCAUGGGGACACUGGGAGCCAUGGGGACACUGGCUGGGAAGCAUGGGGAUACUGGGAGCUAUGGGGACACUGAGAAACUAGGGACACUGGCUGGGAAGCAUGAGGAUACUGGGAGCUAUGGGGACACUGAGAAACUAGGGACACUGGCUGGGAGGCAUAGGGACACUGGGAGACAUGUGUCCCAAUGUGUCUACCUAUUUCUCACAGCGUCCCCAUGUCUCACAGUGUCCCCUAGUGUCUCAGUGUCCCCACGUCUACCAGUGUCCCCUAGUGUCUCAGUGUCCCUGUGUCUCCCUGAUGCCUUUCCCCUCAUCCCUCACUUCCCUGAGCUGUAGGCUGUCUCUGCAGGCUGGAAGCUGCUGUCUGGACUCUCUGUGCUGUGUAGCUGCUCCCCUGUGUAUCAGUGAGUAGUAGAGAGAGGCAGGGAGGGAUAUGCUGUAACUUCCUAUCCCUGCCUCUCUCCACACACAGUGACCCCUGCUGGCCGGUGCUGGCAUUGCAGAGUAAUCUCCGUUUAUACUGAGAAAAAUAUUUGCAUUUAUAUUGCCGGUAUUACUGCAAUACCAGCACGGCUAGGCAGCCUCAAAUACAGGCUGUGCCUUAAAAUACCAGUCAGGAGGAAAAAAUAAAUAAAAAUAAUAAAAAUUAAACUUUUUCUUUUUCUUCUUUUAAAUUGGGCCUAUUCCAUGGGCCAGGGCCUGGAGCUGCAGCUCCAUCAGCCCCUAUGUUAAUCCGGCCCUGAUUGGGACGCAUCCUUGUGUUCCACUGCGAUCAUGAACUGUUAAUGCGUUCUUUCACAGUCAUCUUCGGAGCGUGUGAUAUUGAAGUAGUUCAUAAUAAGUCCAUUUUGAGUAAUGAAAAGGCAAAAAGCAAAAUAAAACUUAAGUAGAUAUUACAAUUCUUAUAUCAAAAGGUAAUAUUCAUAAUAUUAGAACAGGGAUGAGAGUAAGUAGUAAGCAAUAUGGAUAUAAGAAGGAGUUAUGCCUCAAUAUUGGGUUAAAGGUAUAGUAAAAACCAAAGAAAAGAAAAAGUUACCUGUGCUCUCUCCUUAAUCUCUUUGUAUAUUUAGACAAAUGGAGGUCAUUUAGUUGUUCCAAAAGCCAUUGGAGGGAAUGCCCGUCUGCCAACGUCAAGGCAGACCCCCUAAGCGGGUCCUACAGUGACCCUUCACCUUGCUUCCUUGAUCUUCAAGCAAAGAUAUCUCUAAUGAGACAGAGAGGGGCUGAUGUGUACUGUAGUCAUUGCUGCCGGCCCAGUAGUGAUGGGAGUGAGCGCAGGACUUCUCUUUUUGUAUUUGUAUUUACUUUGUGUCACACAGCCUUGUUACAAUGCUGCCGCCCAUCCCAUGUGUUCCCUAUUAAGGGUUAAUAAGUAUAUGGGGUGUAUAUAAAAAAUACCCCUCUCUGUCUCAUUAGAGACUACAGCUCUAGUAAAGGUAUAGUGCCUGAAAAAAAAAGGUUGGUAUCUUUAUCAUGGUGGAACAGGAGGAGAGUACUGAUAGAUAAUGUUAAUACAGAAAAUAGUUUUUUUGGUGAAAUAUAAUUUGUAAGCACUACCUUACCAUUUUUCAAGUUUACUUUUAUGUCUAGCCGUUUUAUAUAUACACAAAGGCAAUUUGCAUUGUCAUAUUUCUCCUAAAAAACAAUUUUCUGUAUUAACAUUAUCUAUCAGUACUCUCCUCUUGUUCCACCAUGAUAAAGAUACCAAUCUAUUUUUUCAGGCACUAUACCUUUAACCCAAUAUUGAGGCAUAACUCCUUCUUAUAUCCAUAUUGCUUACUACUUACUCUCAUCCCUGUUCUAAUAUUAUGAAUAUUACCUUUUGAUAUAAGAAUUGUAAUAUCUACUUAAGUUUUAUUUAGCUUUUUGCCUUUUCAUUACUCAAAAUGGUCUUAUUAUGAACUACUUCAAUAUCACACGCUCCGAAGAUGACUGUGAAAGAACGCAUUAACAGUUCACGAUCGCAGUGGAACGCAAGGAUGCGUCCCAAUACAAAAGAAUUGACGUAUGCGUUCCACCGAUGGAACGCAAAACCCGGAAGUGGAAGUUUAACACAAAUCGACGCCAGCAAGAAACCGCCAAUUAUGGACUAUUUAAAAGGAAACUCACGGGCAACAUAAUACAGCAGCAACUGAGGAAGCCUUGUAACGAGGCGAAACACGUUUUGCACCAUAAAGGACUUUACUAAGGACUUACCUUCAAAUUGUAAGGUUUUUAUUUUAUUUAUUCAAAUUUUAUACUGGUUUGUCCACUUUACAAUAAAGCACUUUAUACUUAUACCUACUAUUGAGAGGAAAUACAAUUACUUGAGACCUCCUAUCAGCAUAAAGAAGGAAGUGCGAACCUCUAUAUUCCACAGAGCUGGAAGUUUGAGCCUUAUUCAUUGGCUCCACGCUUGUGAGUGCAUUUCCACCUUCUAUCUGGACUUUACUUUAUAAGAUUGGCAAUAUUGUUCAUCUUUCUAUAUUUCAUUUUUAGGACGAUACCUGUCUAAGAACUAUCUUAAACCAUAAUAAGAAGGAUACUCCACCUUAUAUUGUAUGUAUAUUUCUGUUUACUGUGCGAUCUAAGGGAAACUCACUAAGGUGUUAGAGUAUCUAUCACAAUUCAAAUUACUCACUGGGUUACUGUAACUAUUCAUUACUAUAUUUAGCAGUUAGGUGAUCGCUUCUACCACCAACUUGCUGCAUUCAAAUUUAUAUUUCAUUCGAACAUAUAAGGUUUUAAAACUUUUUGCCUCAUUUUUCAUUUCAAUGUUGCCUUUUUUUUUUUUUUAAAUAAGACAAAAAUAUGUGGGGGGAAAAAACAUUUGACCAUGCUGAAUGUUUGGUAAAUUUAACUAUCGUUAAAUGCAUCUCAAUUCUCAAUUGAAAAAGGUCUAUAGUUUAGUAAAUGACCCUGAUGAGGUUUACGAUUUGUAAUUUAUGUUUCUCCCAAAGACGCUCCUCAUUAAUUAAAAAAAAAAAAAAAAAGACUUUGUUAGAUGCUAAAAUGUGUGAGCAGGAAGUGGUUGUUAGGUCUGUGUCCUGGAUUGUGGCCAUGAUUGCAUUUAGAACUCCUUGAUAUAGAAAAUUCACAAAUUGACCACAUAAUGUUCAAUCAUAGCUGUCUGAAUGUGUUUAAGGUAAUAAUUAGCUCUUUGAUUGUCUGCCCCUCAGCUACUGCAGUGGAGACAAUUUGAGGAGGAACAAAGUCAGAGCACGGUACAGAUGGCCAAAUAUUUUAACAGCCCGAGCCGGAGCUUCAGAUCCAUGUACAGUGAGGAACAGAUAUACCAGCUGCUUGGGGAGAACACAUCAAUGAGAAGACUUCUUAGUGAGGUAAGUCUGCCUUCUACAAACUCACACCUUAAUCCUCCACCCUGGUCACAUGCCCGAAAAUACAACAAAUUAUACCACAAGACAUCGCCCAUCUUCCCCACUUCAGUCAAUGCCACUUCAUCCACCUAACUCAUGCUCUUCCAAAAUAUUGCACUGAUCCAAACCCUUUCCAUGUCUUCCAACCCAAUUCACCUUGUGGCGAAUCUCGCGAUGGGCUUUUGGAGGAGCCUGCUUGCCAGCCUCCUGUCCCAGGACUAUAGCCCCUGCAAUAGACCUGGCUAAAAUACUUUAAAAAGACUGUUUGUGCAAUUGGGAUUGUAUGGUUCGGUUACCAAACAACCACAUGAACCAGAGACCACUGGGAGCUUGUUAAGCCUAAUUGUCAGUUUGUAACACUUUCCACCAGGGUGUUCUAAGUGUUCACCUGGGUGGCCGCAAUUCCUAUGGACGACCACAAGGUGGCAGCCAUCUUGUACGCAUGAACACAGGCAGCAGUGUUUGGUAGUCGAGUUCAUGGAACUAUUUUUCACUAUACUCCCCUGGGAUUAUAAUCACUGGUCUUGUAAGAGCAGCCUGCUUUGCUCACUGGACUAGGAGAGGUCUACCAACUGGCAGCUGGAUCCUGGUCUUGGGGCCAGGGUGGGUGGAGGACAGCAAGACCCCCAACCAAGCUGUAACGCUGGAAGUGGGGACUACAGUGCUGAUAGUGUCUGGUGGAGUGUAGGAAGUACUCGGUGAGCACUAGGAGCAUCGAUUGGCGGAGGCACCCUGUCGGGGUGCCAGGCUGUCCGUCACACACCUCAUUCAUCUAACUAUCUAUUCCAACCAAUUCUACCUCAUCCAACCAAUUCCAGUUCAUCCAAUCCAUUCCACCUAAUUGUGUCAAAAUUUCCCUACUCCAUGUUGAGUUGCUAACCACGUGGCCUGACCACUCCAAGUGGUUGGAAACCAGCAUGUCUCCUGUUUCCUGUGUCUCCUUCUAUGGGCCAUAGAAAAGAGAGCUUCUCGAUUUAUUGAAAUAAAUGUGUUGUCUCAUUGUUUGGAUGAUAUAUUUGUGUAGUCUGUCAAUAUUAUGUAUAUUGGAAAUCUGUUGGAAUAAUAUAUAUAGGUUUCUGUGUCAGCUGGUUGGUGCCACCCAUGAUGGGUAAGCCUGGACCUCCUCCAUGUGUGUCUAGAUCUUUGAGCUUCCUACAGGUGUGAGAAUUUGGGUCGUUCACCACUACAGUCUCACUCGAGUUUAUUCACAAAUCCAGAAUGUGGAGAAUUGAACAGUGAAUUGCUAAUUUUAGCCAAUAAUACUCAAAUUUGAAACAUUUGCCGAUUCAUUUUCUUGUCUUUAUCCACAAUUCCCAAAUUAGUGAACCUCCUCUGCCAUUUCUUUCUGUGUAUCACUGUUCCAGUUCCCUGUGAUUCCACCAUGUACACAUUGAUAUCAGUUCCCUGUGAUUCCACCGUGUACACAUUGAUAUCAGUUCCCUGUGAUUCCACCGUGUACACAUCUCUCUGCAUGCUCCAUACUUGCCGAGUUUAGCGUCUUUGAUAGUCUACAAUGUAUUGAACUUGAUCAUGAUGAGUUCUGCUAGAUGUUCUUCUGCCUGUGACAGUAUUGUUGUUUGAAUUUUCCAACAGAAAAAUGCAGUAAUCGAGAGUCUUCAGGAGCAGGUGAGCAGUGCCAAGGAAAAGUUGGUAAAAUUACUGAAUUCGGAAGUGAGGUUUGAGACUAUGGAAGCGGGUAUUGUAUCUGCUCCCCCUGCUUCAACAUUGCCCCACCAACACAUUGAUGUUUCCACAUCUGAACCAACCAACAAUACAACAACUACUAUUGGAAAAGGAGAACACCAGAGUCAUGAGGCGGAAAUUGAGAAAUCCUCAGAUGUUUCUACUGAAAAACACACUGAUGUCUCCCUUGACCCAAUGAAGGUCAAACAUGAAUUAGAGUGUAAUGAUCCUGUCCCUUCUGGUUGCUCCUCCACACCUCAUGUAUUACCAAGCAACUCUAAAGACAUUAACAUUAUAAACAAAAUGUCACAUCAAUGCCACAGCCCAGAGAGACAGGGACAGAGUACUCAUGAAGAUUGGGAACACUUAUCAAGACACAUUAACUAUGUUAGCAGUGACAAACUGCAAGAGAUUCUGAAGGAACUCAGUAUAGAAACUCUGCCAAGCUUUGGUUGUCAAUCUCCAAAAAGACAAAGAAGGGCCAGUCACAGUGUCCACAUGGAUACUCCAGCACAUUCUUCUGGGAGGCUUCGGAAAGAGAGUGUGAGUUUGUCCCCUUCCCUGGUGUGUAGUAGGCGAGGUAAUGGAUACAUCCCACAAAACCGGCAUCCUUCCUUUCACUUUACCAGCUCAGUGCCUCCAUCUGCUGGGUACCUCCUGGACAAAUGCAGCAAGAACAGAUUUAAUGGGGUCCGAAGAAUGAGAGAUGAGAGGCAGGUCAUGGUCAGUAAGGCAGAAGAUCAUACAAGUUACCCUGCCUAUAUUAACCCGCUUUCCAAAACUCAGACCACAGAUUUGGGUGAUCAGGUGGAAGAUGAGCAGAAGAUCAAAGACAACAAAGGUGUACUUUUAACCACAAAGUCUUUGAGGCCUGUCCCAGACUGUUCAAGCAGACCUGUUCCUGUUAGAAGGAGCAGCCCCUUAGGACAGGAGGCAUAUGGUUUGGUGACUUUUGCUGAGAUACAAUCACAAACUUAUUUUACAGAGACAGACUCAAGCAGUUCGGAGGAAACCUUCUGCUAUUGUCACAGACCCUACUGUGAACUGUGUUUUCCAACUGCAUAUGACUCGAGCGACAGCUGUAACUCUGAGACAGAGACUACAGAGCAGCUGUUUGGAUGGUCUCAGCAACCGGUCGUAAACUUCAAAGAAGACCUAAAGCCAACAUUGGUGUAGCCUAAUGGCACCUUAAAUUAGCCAUCUUGGUGCACAAAGGUCUUGUAACCAAUGUGAGUGCAUUAACAUACCAACCUCCGGGUGAACAUAAUAAAUACUGUGUGUCUGUGUGUGUGUGUGUGUUCGGACUAUCCUAGAAACCCGAGUACAGGAACCAAUGUUAAG